AAACACACGCAGCCUCUUCUCAGCCGCUCCUGCUGCUGUCAUCAGGGACAAAAGCCACCAGCAAACACUCACCACACCUGGAUCUAUCUCUUAAAGCCGUAUAUUUCCACCUGAUGUGAGAGAGUGUUUUGCAGGGAGCAGUGAUGGGCGCGUUUGGAGUGAUUCUGAGGAGUUUACAUUGUAUGGGACUCUACAUCCAACUUAGUGCCAGUCUCAGACAAGCUGGAAGCGACGACGUGGAGAACCAUAUAUCCAACAACGCGGUGUUCACCGAGGUCCCUCAUGACAUCACGGCGCAGAGCGGGCAGGACGUGGAGAUGGCCUGCUCCUUCAGAGGCGCCGGAUCGCCCUCCUACUCGCUGGAGAUUCAGUGGUGGUACAUCAGGAACCACAGAGAAUGGACCGACAAGCAGACGUGGAGCACCAAUCAGGUGGUGCCGCAGAAUGAGAUGUCAAAGGACGCCACCAAAAUCAGUGUGGUGAAGGUUGCCGGAAGCAACAUCUCCCACAAGCUCCGUCUGUCCAGCGUGAAGCCUGCGGACGAGGGAACGUACGAAUGCCAUGUCAUCGACUUCAGCGACAGCAAGCUGCGGCACCAUCGCGUGCGGGCGUACCUGCAGGUGAAGCGGCCCGAGGGGAACGCGGCUCCUCCGGUCCAUCAGGGGGCGAUGUCACAUGAGGAGGCUCUGCAGUCCGACCACCACAAGCACCCGACGGCCCACCACAAACCCGGCCGCGAGCUCAGGAAGAGGUCUGCUGAUGAUAGUAUCACUGACUGCACUGAGAGCUGCGUGCUUUAGGUUCCUCUUAGCUUCAGUUACUACCCCACCCACACCACCCAAAUACACAUAAUUCCUUACGCCAACCCCUAAACUAGGGAUAGCUCACCUGAAAAUGAAAAAUCUGUCAUUUACUCGCUCUCAUGUUGUUCCAA